GCCAACUAUAUUUUUCUUCAAUGCUCCCUCCUCUCUCUAUCUCUCUAUAUAUACUGCUUUUACAAUGACUUCCCCACAAUAAUACUUCUCCUUCCACCACCCUUCUCUUCCUCCCUGUUUUUGCCUUCUCUAUCGUUCGGCUUCUGAUACAGAGCGAAGCAGAGCAAGCAACUCUCACCAUACUCUUAAAUGGGCAGUACUGCUCCUUUGUCCACUUGGCCAUGGCGCAAUCUUGGCGCCUUCAAGUAUCUGUUAUACGGGCCUUUCGUUUCCAAAGUCCUGUACGAAAGAUUCUAUGAGGGAAACAACAAUUUCAGCUGGUGCUUUCAUCUCCUUCUUCUCUACGUUUGCAGAGGUUUGACUUAUGUCUUCUGGAAUACUUAUAGCAACAUGCUUUUUCUCACUCGAAACCGUCGGAUUCUUCAACAAGGUGUUGAUUUCAAGCAGAUUGAUCAUGAGUGGGACUGGGAUAAUUUCUUAAUCCUUCAAACUCUGAUCGCCGCCAUGGCCUGCUAUUGCUUUCCGUUUCUUCAUGAUCUUCCGCUGUGGAACGUGAAGGGUCUUCUUGUUGCUCUGGUUCUUCAUGUGGGAAUCUCAGAGCCUCUCUAUUACUGGCUUCAUAAGAAGUUCCAUGAAGGCUAUCUCUUCCGCCAUUAUCAUUCGUUUCACCACGCAGCUCCAGUGCCACAGGCUAUUACAGCUGGGAAUGCGACGCCUUUGGAGCAUCUCAUUUUAACAGCAAUCAUCGCAAUUCCGAUCGCUGGGGCUUCUAUGUUGGGAUUGGGAUCUUUGGUGUUGAUCUACGCCUACGUGUUGGGUUUUGAUUUCCUCAGAUCCAUGGGCCACAGCAACAUUGAAAUUAUCCCCCACCAACUGUUCGAGGCAUUUCCACUUCUAAGGCUUGUGGUCUACACGCCAACAUACCACAGCCUGCACCACACUGAUAAAGGCACUAACUUCUGCCUCUUCAUGCCCCUCUUUGACGCACUAGGCAAUACCCUCAACAGCAAAUCAUGGCAAUUACAUAAAGAAAUAAGCUUGAAUUCAAGGAAAAAUAGCCGGGUACCUGAUUUUGUGUUCCUGGUCCAUAUAGUGGAUGUUUCAUCCUCUACGCACGUUCAAUUCGCUCUACGUACCUUUGCUUCUCUCCCAUACAGAUUUAGGUUCUUCUUGAUCCCGUUUUUGCCAAUUGCCUUAACAUCUUUGAUACUAAUGUGGCUUUUGUCCAAAACCUUCUUGGUCACUUUUUACAACCUACGAGGUCGUUUGCACCAAACGUGGGCUGUCCCAAGGUUUGGCUUUCAGUAUUUCUUGCCAUUCGCUGCUGAUGGAAUCAAUAAGCAAAUAGAGGAUGCCAUUCUCAGGGCUGAUAGGAUUGGGGUUAAAGUCAUCAGCCUGGCUGCCUUGAACAAGAAUGAAGCUCUAAACGGGGGAGGGAAGCUUUUUGUGGACAAGCAUCCAAACCUUAGAGUCAGAGUUGUUCAUGGAAACACCUUAACAGCUGCAGUGAUACUAAAUGAAAUUCCAAAAGAAGUGGAAGAAGUGUUUCUAACAGGAGCUACUUCCAAACUCGGAAGAGUAAUAGCCCUCUACCUGUGCAGAAGGAAAAUCAGAGUUCUGAUGUUAACUCUUUCCGCUGAUAGAUUCCAGAAGAUCCAAAAGGAAGCUCCCCCAGAAUACCAAAGCUACCUUGUACAAGUCACAAAGUAUCAAGCAGCACAAAACUGCAAGACGUGGAUUGUGGGUAAGUGGAUUACAUAUAAAGAGCAGAGCUGGGCACCAAAAGGAACACAUUUCCAUCAAUUUGUGGUGCCUCCCAUCUUACCUUUCAGAAGAGACUGCACUUACGGUGAUUUAGCUGCCAUGAGAUUACCAGAGGAUGUGGAAGGCCUUGGUUGUUGUGAGUACACAAUGGAGAGAGGAGUAGUGCAUGCAUGCCAUGCAGGAGGAGUAGUGCACAGUUUGGAAGGAUGGAGCCAUCACGAAGUUGGAGCCAUCGAUGUUGAUAGGAUCGAUGUUGUUUGGAAAGCUGCUCUCAAACAUGGUCUUCGUCCUGUUUCUUCGCCACCAUCUUCUUCUCUUCUCGGCAGUUAACAAUGCCCUUAAUCCUUUCAUUUUUCUCACUUGGUUGGAUCUUUUCAAAAACUCUACUAUAUAUACAGAUCUCGAGAGGAUCCAAACCUAGAAGAAGAUAGAUGAUGAUAUGAUGAUGAAGCCCAAAAGAAUUUGAAUUUGCAGGACUUUUGCCGUUUUACCUUGCUCGUAUUCCUUUGUAAAAGUGGUUAUUCAAAAUGUAAUUGAAAGUCGUUUGAACUCA